GAGAAACUGGUGUAUAUGACCCACCCCUGCCUGGUCAGCAUGAACCUGGACUGUCCCCCAAACCUGGUGCUGGCUGGUGGAGUACACUUACAGUGCCCUAACAAGACGGAACUGAGUAACUUUGAGGCGGCAAUCAAGAUGGGGAUUAUCGCAUGGCAUGCUGGACCGAUGAAUAUGAACAAUGAAAUGUUUGACCCACCCAUGGUGGAUUUCACCCUGCAGAUCAGCGAAGACCUUGAUAAGAGAUUUGGAAUAAAGCGCUCCACGCGUGUCGUCAGUCAGAGAGACGUCCCAGGCAUGACGAAAGCGCUGCUGCCUCUGUAUGCGAAGCACGGCAUCGAGGGUAUAACUGUUGGCGUUAAUGGUGGUUCAGCGCCGCCGGCCGUCCCAAAGAUCUUCCGCUGGGAGUACCAGAAUGCCAGCCUCAUCGGAAUGUGGCAUCCUCUCGGUUAUCCUGAUCCACCAGGCAACUACCCAGCAAUGCCCAAGGGCCUGUCAGCUAAUGACUGUGUGACAUUCGAGGGCCUGGAUGAAGCCAUGUGUUAUGCUUUCAGGAGCGACAACCAGGGACCCCCAGAAUCUCUGGCGGAAGUCCUUACAUUCUAUGAAAUAGCCAGAGGACAGUUUCCUAAUGCCUUUGUCCAUGCAUCUACCUUUGAUGAUUUUGUUGCUGCCGCCCAAGCUGUCAAAGCACAGCUCCCCCUGGUGACUCAGGAGAUCGGUGAUACUUGGAUCCAGGGCUCCGCAUCAGAUCCUUUGAAAGUCGCCAUGAUGAGAGCAUUCUUCAGAACAAGAACAAGCUGCUUGUUUAAAGCUUCCAUAGGCAAUGCUAGCAGCUGCCCUAAUGAUGAACGGAUGUACAACGCUUCCCGGUUCCUGACCAAGCUCGGAGAACACACCUAUGGCAUCGCCCUGGCUGGAGAUUAUAUUAAUUGGGAAAACGAUGUAUUCUACAAAUUUCUUGAAAAGCAGUCUUCUUUGUACUUGCGUGGUCCAUGGUCCUGGAUUGAGCAGCGACAGUUCAAUGACCUUGCCCUUGAGGCACUGGGAGAUCACCCAUUGGCAGAACAGGUCACCACAGAGUGGAAACAGCUGAGAGCCUCCAUCCCCGACUUCACUGAUUACCAUGAGGUCAUCGACCGCACUGCCAUGUUGUCUUGUAACCAAGGUUACAAAUUCCAGUUUGCUGAAGAUGGAUCAAUCAUAGCACUGGUGGACAAGAAUGGAGUGAACUGGGCAUCGCGGACAAACCCACUAGGGCAAUAUGUGUACCAGACCUACAACCAGACAGACAUGGAUGCCUUCGCCAGUAUUUACAACACCGGCAAAUUCCAAGUGGGAAUCUACAAACCCAACAUCACCAAUAAUACCCAUGCACAGAGCAAAUCCUGGACACACACAGUUACUGAUCUCUAUCAGGCAAAUGAUGGCAGCUGCAAGUUUGGAGUCCAGCUGAUUCCAGAGGACACAGAAGCGACCUUCUACUACGGUGCACCACCUAAAGUUUGCAUCAGAUUCAGCGUUCAGAAUGAUUCACAAGGCAGACCAGGUGUAGCGGUCGACUUCCAGUUCUACUCGAAGCCGCCAACACGUAUGCCCGAAGCCAUGUUCAUGACCUUUAAGCCAGUGGAACAAGAAGGCCAUCGCUGGCUGAUCCACAAACUGGGACAGCUGCUUGACCCCCUGGACGUGGUGCAGAACGGGAGUCAGACUCAACAUGGAAUUGAUAAAGGCGUGUACUACGUAGACUCUGCUUCCAAGGGAUUAGAGAUCCUCUCCCCCGAUGUUCCAGUAGCCACCAUGUUGACAUCGACAUCACCUCUGUCUGCCAUCCCUAACCAGUUAUCUCCCCUGAAGGACGUUAAUGGUGUCUCUUUCAAUAUAUUUAACAACGUGUGGAACGUGAAUUAUAUAUUUUGGUAUCCUUAUGUCCUUGAUGAUAUGAACUUUAGAUCAAGGUUCUUUAUAACAUUUUUGUAAAUUUAGGGAUUUGCAAUUUAGGAGAGUGAAUAUUGCUUAAGUCGCCAACAUCAAUUGGAAAUUAGUAACUGGUCACGGGAAGGGUCUUAUACUAUCAUAUUUUGACACGCAUCACCAAUUGUGUUUCAUUGUCUUUAUUUUAUAUGAUGCAAUGUUUUUUUUCAAGAGGGAAAAUUGUAAUGUCUUCAAAAUAUAGUUUAUGUCUUUGUAUUUUAUUGCUGUCUGGUGAUUGAUAAUUUGGCCAAAUAUGUCUGUCUGUUUUCACUGAAAUGUAUGACUGAUUGCGCAAACAUUUUGUACUCCAUUAUAUGUAAACAUUUGCUCUGAUAACCUGCUGAUGGGGUAGAUGUAUUGGUGUUAACGAGUAGGGUUGCUGCCACAACCUGAAGGGACAAUCAAGAUGUCUGCACCAUCAGUGUGAUCAAUAUUCAUGAUCAGUAUAAUGAUCCUGGAUCAAAAUCAGCUUCAACAAACUUGUUGAUCGUGUAUCUCAGAACUUUAUCAAUAUCACAAUCCCAAAGUAUCGAAACACACAAUCAAAUAAUAUGAUCAGUUAUCAUGUACCUGGAUAAAAAUCUAUUUCAACAAACUAGUUGGUCAUGUUUCAGUGUUUCCGUUAUCCGGUAUAUACCAAACUUUGACUGGUACAAAGUUCAAUGUCCGGUAAUUUCAAAGGCUGUCGGUCAUCGUGUCAGACUAAUUUUAAAAUCAAUUUUCUACUUACCUCUGUCAAUUUUAUUUCUCCUCAAAAAGAUUACGUUUUCACAAUGACAUCGAGGUGUAAAAAAUAGCAGUUUUGUAAAAGCCCAGACUAAAAAUAGCGGCAUUGAGAAAUUGCGAUAACCUCUACAUUUCUGAUUGGUUGUUAGGGUGCAAGGACUUGCGGACAAUGAAAUUUACAAAUGACCAGUAUUUGAAAUACUAGCCAGUCACAAUGUUCAGCUGUAAAAAAUGCCAGUGGAAACACUGUGUAUCUCGGAAACAUCAUCAACGUGACAAUGCCAAACUAUUGAAACACAAUCAAAUGAUCAAUCAUAAUGAUCCUGGAUCAAAAUCAGCUUCAACAAACUUGUUGGUUGUGUUUCUCAGGUACUACAUCAACGUGACAAUGCCAUACUUUCAAGACACACUUACGGCAUUUUUGUUUCAAACCCCAGUGUCCAUGAAUAGGAACCUUUUCCCAACAAAAUAGUAAUUAUUGGAAGGGGAUUGAAUGCAAAAAAAAUGAAUAGUACAUGUUUGGGAUACAACACUUCCUAAAUCAAUGUUUUAUUCCUCGAAGUGGGUAACAGGAGAUUGUUGUGACAUUUGUCAGUAUAGACUGUGCAUCUGGCAAGAAGCAAACAGAUCCAAAUGUUUGCUAAAUAUCAAAAUACAUGCCAAAUAACAAUUCUAGGCUUUAGUAUUGCAAAUGGUUUUGUACUUGGUUCAGAAUGCAGUGUGAAGAUGAGAGAAGUUGUACAUAUGACUACAGUAAUACCUUUACAUCUUCUAACAUUGUUUUCCAGAGCCAAAUCCCAGAGAUCUUAGUACUUAUAACCCCAAUGCUUAGCUUACCUUGCACCUUGCACAUUCUUUAACAUGGUUUUACCACAAGUUUAGACAAUGUAGCCAUGGUAACCGUUUGGUUCUAGGAGCUUCUUUUAUGUAAUACUGUUCAACCAGCUUUGAUGAAGUGAAUUGGAUGUAGUGAGCUCAGAUAUAACGGCUUUUGAAAUCACAUAUGCUCAUAUAUUCUAAACUGUUAAUGUGAUAUUGUUGUGCACUGUGUUAAUAUUGUAAUGGAUUCUAUUUUGAAUAUGUUAUUUAACAUUCCAGGAAAGUGAUAAUCUUUCUGUUUCAUUUAAGCAGUAUUUGUGAUAACCCAUUCAGGUUUUCUGUAAUACAUCCAUUUUGUACAUCAGGCAGUCUGAAGACUUGUUCUCUUUUGUUUGGUCUGACAUCUUACACUAUGCACUGUGCUCCUAUUGGUCGUUUCUUAUAGUUGACUCUCAAAAUGUUCCUACAUGCUUGUUCUCAGAAGCAAUGACCUUGAGGUCUUAAAGUCACUAUAUCACACCACACUUCCCUAAAAAGUAAAUAAUGCACUUCUCUUAAUAGUACUAACUAUCAGCUCUCAGGGAAGCUACCAUAUAAUUUAUUCCCUCCCUCCCUCUUCCCCCCC